UGUAGUCACUACUGUAGGCGUUGGUGAAAUUGUAUCCAUAGACGCAUCCAAAGCUUUGAGUCAACCGGGUGUUCUAGCGUUCUACACAGCAAAAGACAUACCUGGACAUAAUUCCUUUACACCAACCAACGGCUACCAAUUUACACACGACGAGGAGAUAUUUUGCGAAAAACAAGUCAAAUAUUUCAACCAACCGCUCGGAGUCAUUGUCGCUGAAACACGUGUUCUUGCGGAGAAAGCUGCUAAAAUGGUUAAAGUACAAUAUAGACAUGUUCGCACACCAGUACUGGAUGUCAAAGAAGCUAUCAAAGACCCAAAUAGAGUAACGUUAUAUGGUACUGAUGAUGCUACUGAUGUAGGUAAAGAUGUACAAAAAGUUAUCAAAGGUGGACUUACAAUGUAUGCUCAGUACCAUUUCUGUAUAGAAAACAUAGCUUGUGUCAUUCGUCCAACGGAGGAAGGAAUUAAAGUCUACACGAGCUCACACAGCACAGAUUCAAUGCAUGCUGGAAUGUCAAAAGCUUUGAAUAUUGACCAAAGCAGUAUCGACAUUUACGUGAGACGCGUUGGAGGUUCCUACGGCAUCAAGAUCACUCGCAACAUCCAAGCAGCUGUAGCCUGCGGUCUCGUGGUAUCAAAGUUGAAUCGAACCUGCAGGUUCGUUCAAUCUCUGACGAGUACCACUGGAUCAUUGGGGAAGAAGCUUCCUAAUACUACUAAUUAUGAAAUUGGUGUCAACAAUAAUGGAGUCAUCCAGUACAAUAAUUACGACUUGUACAUGGACAAUGGUCACACUGUCAAUUUCAGAUUCAACAUUUUGGUUAUGGACUCCUAUUACAACUGCUAUGAUAAAUCUAGAUGGAAGUUACGCUGUUACAAUGCUACUACUGACCUCCCUAAGAAUGACUGGUUAAGGGCUGUUGGAGUCCUUGAUGCCGUUGCUCAAGCUGAACUAAUCAUGGAAAGAAUUUCCUAUGAACUAGCACUUGAUCCUAUUCAAGUCCGUUUAAACAACUUGGAUAGACAAAAAUCUGGUGCGAUAGAAGAUAUGUAUGAGACUCUUAAAAGUCAAGCGAAAUAUGAUGAACGAAGACUGGCAGUAGAUAAUUAUAAUAAACAAAAUAGAUGGAAGAAACGUGGGCUAAGAUUUUCAUUCUCUAGAUGGCCUGUGCCAAUUUUGGGAUACUAUAACGUACUAUUAUCUGUUUACCAUGGCGAUGGAAGUGUGGCAAUCGCUCAUGGAGGAGUUGAAUUAGGACAAGGUAUAAACACCAAAGUGACACAAAUCUGCGCUUAUUAUUUUAAAAUACCAAUGAGUAAAAUCAAAGUUAAAGGUCAUGAUACAACGUCCAGUCCAAACAGUUUUGAGACUGCUGGGAGUUUAGGGUCGCAGAACAUUAGUUUGGGAGUCAGUAGAUGUUGUGAAACAAUUUUGGAGAGACUUGAACCUAUAAGGAACAGUAUGGAAGGUGCAACGUGGGAACAAAUAGUAAAAGCAGCUCAUACUGCUGGCAUAGACCUACAAGCUCAAAGUCUAGUGAACAGCAAUGAUACUGCUAAAUAUUCCUACAAUGUUUUCGGAGUGGCACUGGCUGAAGUCGAGAUUGACGUGUUAACUGGAGAGUCAGAAUUAUUAAGAGUGGAUGUGAUGGAGGAUGUCGGUAAAAGUAUUAGUCCAGAAAUUGAUGUAGGACAGGUAGAAGGUGGAUUUAUGAUGGGAGUAGGCUACUGGACCUCAGAGAAAUUAGUUUAUGACAAAAAUACUGGAGAGUUGUUAACGAAUCGAACCUGGAACUACGCUGUACCCAUGAACACUGAUAUACCUCAAGAUUUCAGAAUAUAUUUCAAAAAGAAUUCUUACAGUUUUACUGCUAUUCAUGGAGCUAAGGCGGUUGGUGAGCCCCCAAUGUGUAUGUCGGUAGUGGUAGCACUGGCUCUCAGGGAGGCAAUAUCCGAAGCUCGGAAGGAGUCAGGAAUACCUGCUACUCAAUGGUUUAACAUUGAUGGACCAACCACAGUCGAGGUUAUAGGAUUGUCGACUGAAACCAAAGUUUCUGAAUUUAAAUUCAAUUAAUGUAAUUUUAAUGUUAAGUUGAUCUGAUAGAUGUUAUUUACUUUUCAUUCAUGUACCUACA